GAUUACCCAUUUAUUGUUCAUCGUGUCUUUGUACCUUCUUUAUUUUGUCUAAUUUAAUUAUUGUAUUUUCUUCUAUAAGUGUGUAUUUUUUAAAAUAAAUACUGUUAUUUGCAUUUAAUUGACUGUUCAAAUUGUAACUUGUUGAAGCUUAUGCACAAGUGCUUCAUAAACUUCAACUUUUGUCAAUAAAAAAAUUUGAUUUGAUUAUUCUUUAAUUCCGGUUUAAAAAAAUAUAUAUUACUUAUGUUCUUGUAUUGUAUUUUUCUAAUGUAAUUUUUUUUCUUCUGUGUUCUGCAAAUGUUCCAUAAAUAAAAAGGUGAGUUCCGGUGUUGUAGGUAGGCGGAGUUCUGACGAAGAAUGCAGAAGGUGCAGCAGCAGUCAUGUCUGUCCUCGGGUCGGUUCUGCUCCUCGUUCUGGUCGGUUCAUCAGAGUCAUCUGUAACUUCAGAUCCGGAGAUCAUCACUGCUGGAUCUGGAGAUGAUGUCUCUUUGAGAUGUGAAGAUCCAAACAUCACUGAGAUUUUCCUUCUAGAAUGGACCAAACCUGAUCUACAGGGAGAAGAAACUGUGUUUUUAUACAGGAAUGAUGGAGUUCUACUAGAUCAGCAUGAAUCUUUCAAGAACCGAGUGUUUCUGAAGGACCCUCAGAUGAAGGAUGGAGAUCUGUCUGUGGUUCUGAAGAACGUGAAGGUCAGAGACUCUGGAACAUACCAGUGUAGAUUCCUACAAAGAGGAGAUUCACAGAGAAAAUGGAAGCUGAUCUCCACCAUCAGUCUGUCAGUAUCUCCUCCAGAUCUGAGGAUCAAAGCUGAAUCUGGAGAAAACAUCAUUCUACCGUGUGAAGACACAAACAUCAAGAAGGAUUCAGUUUUAAAGUGGAUCAGAACUGACCUGCAGGAUGAAUAUUUGUUUUUAUACAGGGAUAGCCAUCCUUUUCUUGAAAAUCAGCAUGAAUCUUUCAAGAACCGAGUGUCUCUGAAGGACCCUCAGAUGAAGGAUGGAAAUCUGUCUGUGGUUCUGGAGAACGUGAAGGUUGAAGAUUCUGGAAUGUAUGAGUGUAGAGUCAGACAACUAGAUGACCCAAAUAGAGAAAUGAAUCUGAUCUCCACCAUCCACCUGCUGGUGAUUCCUCCAGGAGAGGAUGGAGGACGGAAAAGAGACAAAGAAGGAAAGAACAAGGAUGGAGGCAUUCGUGGUCUUCUUGGUCUGAUUGCUCUUCCUGUCCUUAUUGUUGUUGUUGUUGUUGUUUUCUUGAUUUACAAAAAAAAGAUCAAGGAGAUCAGAGUUCCAAAAGGAUCUUGAACUUGAAACUGUUGUAAAAAUUUGUCCUCAGUCUAAUGUCUCACGUUCUGAACCCAACUUAUUGAGUUAACCUGAUAAGAUCUUGAAGGACGAAGACUCUGACAAACACAAUCUGCAGACAUUACAACAGAGAAUGAAGGAGAACGGAUCAACAGACAGAAUGUGUUCAUCUGACAGAAGAAGGAAAUCUGUUCUUGGAGAAUCUAUGGAGUCCAGAGAUCUGUCAUUUAACAUCAUUGUGAUGGCAGAGUUAACUGUAGAUCCUGAUCUGGAGUUUCUCAAACUUUGAAACAUUUCAGACUCAAAGUCCAAAGAAUCUGUUUCCUGUUUCUGAAGGAUUCCAGCUGAUGAUGUUCCUUUCUGUUGAAAGAACCACAUCAGCAGAAGGAUGUGCCAGAAAAACUUGAUUGUUUGUUUUUCAGUUCUCUUUCUUUUCAUAAAUGAUCCAAAUUCUGGUUUUGUAGACCUUUAUAGUGCCUGACCCAAACGGGUCUGAUUGAAGUGGUCAGUGGGCGGAGCUUCAGUUCAGUCUGGCUGUAUAAAUCAGAGAGGAUUGUUGUUAGUGAUCAUCAGGAUCUAUCUGUGAUCAUUAAAGAUUCAUCUCUGGUCUGCUGUUGGUCUGGAUUCUGUUCUUUAAAGUCCCUCCAUGACAAUUAAAGAAAUAAUG